AUGGACGAAGAGAUCGCCUCGCUGGAAGACGAGGCACGGCACCUGACGGGAAGGGUGGAGAAGCUGUGCGGAAGAGAGACAGCGGAGACAGCGUGCAGCUUGCAGCUUGCAGAACUCUUACGAUAG